UACAAACUUGAGCAUUUCACAGAGCUAAGUAACACCCGUCGACCUCCGGGGAUUUCUGAGUGCACACACCUAAGAUCAACGCCCAGAUUGUGACCAAGGCUCGUGCAAAGCUGCAAAGAAGUGCCUGGAUCAGCAAAAGCCUUCUGGAAACGUGGCAAGGGGAAAAUGGUCACAGAUGGAACGACCUCACAACAAAAGUGGGAAUAUCCACUAAAAAUUAUGCUGGUUGCUGUACCUCUCCCACCCUGAGCUCGUGGGGGUUAGUUCUUACGGAGGGAGGAUGAGGAGUUGUGCUCAGGGUGGGAGGGCUGAGCACAGCGGCAGAGACUGAAACCAAACUGGCGUUUCGGAGAAGAGGAUGUGAGAUGUGAGGCUGUGGCUGGGUCUCACCAGGCUCCACUGAAUGUCACCUUCUUCACAGGGAAAAUCCUGUGAGAAUGGCACUUGCAAAGCCACUGGAGCAGGGCUUGGAUUCAGGAGCAAAGAAGCCUUGAAAACAGCAAAAAGAAAACAAGCUACAAAGGUGAUCUAAUACAGGAGAUUUCAUGAUUAUUGCUUACCAACCCAACCAAGCCUUUCCUGAACAAUUAAUCUGGCCACAAGAAUAUUAGAGAAAUCCAGUAUUCUUAACCUCAAAAGGAUCCAGGUGUUGUUGUAUUUUGUGCAUCAUCUGUAUGAUUUCCUAGAGCAUGUAAUUUCCACACUCUCCCUAUGGAUCAAGCCUUCCUUGGCUUUCAUAUGUGCAAGAGGAGGCAGAACAAUUACAUUUACCAAACUAAGUGACUCAUUUCAUCCUGCUGGGUGAAGGCCAAUUCAAUGAGAGUCACUGGCACACAGAGAUGGAAAACUAACAGAGCCAGAGCAGAGGGGACCUGCAGUAUUGAAAACAGACACCCCUGCACUGAGUUAUUGCUCAUUCUGCUGCUGCAGCUGUAACUUCAGCACUGCUGGGGACUGGGUGCCAGCUCCACUGUCCAGGCUCCAAGGAACCAAAUAUUCGAGCAGCUCAACGUCAUUAACAUGAGAAAGAAGUUACAGACAUGUUGGAGUGAGUCCAGAGGCAGGACACGGAGAUGCUCCAAGGACUGGGGCCCCUCUGCUCUGGAGACAGGCUGGGAGAGCUGGGGGUGUUCACCUGGAGAAGAGAAGGCUCCAGGGACAACUUAGAGCCCCUUCCACUGCCUAAAGGGGGAGCCUAAAGAGAGCUGGAGAGGGACUUUGGACAAGGGCCUGCAGGGACAUGACAAGGGAGAAUGGCUUCCCACUGUCAGAGGACAGGCUUAGGUGGGUUAUUGGGAAGAAGUUCUUCCCUGGGAGGGUGGGGAGGCCCUGGCACAGGUUGCCCAGAGAAGCUGUGGCUGCCCCAUCCCUGGGAGUGUCCAAGGCCCUGUUGGAUGGGGCUUGGAGCAACCUGGGAUAGUGGAAGGUGUCCCUGUCCAUGGCAGGGGCUGGAACCAGAUGGGCUUUAAGGUCCCUUCUACCCAAGGAAGUCUGUGAUUCUGUAAUUCUCAACAAGCCCUCUCAGUUCUUGCAUUUACAGCUGUCUCUUGGUGUCUGCUCCAUUCACCGUACGAGCUCACCCCGUGCAGUCACUACAGACCAGCAGGGCUGGGGCUGGUGAAGCUCAGCCAGCUCAGCUUCCCCUGAGCUCUGUGAGGUGUCACUGCAACCACCAGAGUCCUCUUGCUUUGUCCCCCCGCCAUCUGCAGCCUCUGUGUCUCACACACGGCUCCCUCUGCCACUGCCACCACCCAGCACCACCAAACAUCACACGUUCUUCUGUCAGGGUGCUUUCCCCAGCUCCGCUUUCAGACCCACAGACACCCCCUCCCCCCAGAGAACUGAUUACUCUGUACUUUCCUUGACAUCACCCCGUGCCAGGGGAACCAGGGAGGGUGGCACAGCGUCCUCAGGGCAUCAGCAGCUCCACUGGCAGCAGGACCUUGGGCUCUGGUUCUCUUUGGCUGUGGGGAGACACCAACUGCAGGGAACUCAUGGAUUUCUUCAUGGUGUGUAAGUACCGUGUGCUCGGCAAAAGUCAGUGAAGAAGGAAUUGUAGGAAGAAGCAGAAUUUGUUGCAGAAAGGGAAAAGGAAAAAAGGGAAGAAAAAAAAAAAAAGGAAAAGGAUAAAGCAAAAAGGAAAAUGGAAAAAGGAAAAAAUAAGAAAAAAGAAAAAUGAAAAAAGAAAAAAGAUACAGUCAGCAAACAAAAAAGAAUAAAAGAGGAAAGGGACAAAGAAGAGAAAGGAAAAAAGAUAAAAUAUAAAAUAAAGGAAAAAGGUAAAUUAGAAAAGAAAAAUAGAAAAGAUUAAGUACAAAAGAAAGGGAAAAAGAUAAAAUCAGAAAGCAAAAAAAGAAGAAAAAGAAAAUAAGAAAAAAUAGAAGAAAGAAGAACAAAAGGAAGAAACUGCAUUUUAUAGAGGGUAAUGAACUGAGGAUUUUCAGUUUAGGUUGCCUCUCACCAUGACACAAAACUCACCUGGGCCAUCUGAUCAGCAUCUUCCCUUAAAUAUAUCCUGGAUGAGUGAAACAGCCCUGUUCCACUGCUCCCAGCUGAGCUCAGGGUGUGAACAGUGAUGGAGAAAUCAACACAUGGGACCUCAGCAAGAAACACGGAUUAGAUUCCAUAUAACUCCUAAUGGUGUCCCUAAAAUCAGCUGAAUCCUGGUCUGGCCACGUGGAGCUGGAGCUGUGCUGGGAAGGGCUCUGUGAACAGGCAAAGUGUAACAUGAACUGAGGAAGACAGAGGACAAAGAAGAGGGAGCAAAAUGGCAUUUGCAUGGAUCGUGCCCUCAGCAGUUUGGUUGGUGAUGCACUUCACAGCAGAAGCCUGCAGGAAAGGGAUCAUGACUUCCAGCAAAGCUCCCCAUGGCACUGAGGAAAUCUGUGACAAAGGGACUAUGACGGCCAACACUGCCAGUGCCAUCCAGUGUGGGACCAAUGUCACCCUGUCCUGCCACCUGGGAGGCUUGCAGACACCUAACUGCGAGAUUGGGAUUUUCCUUAACAACUCUAAACAAGUUACAAAUUCUGGCCGUUCAGUAAGCAAAACAUUUCCACUCAAUACCUACGGCAAACACACCUUUACGUGCAAAAGGAUUUGUAAAGAAAGGAAUACAAUCAUCUGUGGAAUCUAUAUCAAGUGUGGAAAUCCUCCAGAUGAGCCAGUAAACGUGUCAUGUAUCCAGGCUGGGACAGACAGCCACCCCCUCUGCACCUGGAAUAAGGGAAGGCUCACAUACCUUGACACUACGUACAUGAUACAGCUCUCAAAUGGGACACAUGACUUGUGCUUUUCAGAAGAAAGUCUGAAUGAGACAUUUGGCUCGUUGGCUCUGACAGAGUUGAAUUUUGACUCCAAUUACACCAUUGUGGUUUCUGCCUCCAAUAAGCUGGGAAGUGCUUCUUCACAGCCACUCACCUUCAUGUUAACAGACAUAGUGAAGCCACAUCCUCCUGACUUUUUAGUGGAAUUUGACAAUUCUUCUGCGACCAACUGCACUCUUUUUUGGCACAAUGAAGCACAAGCACAGCACUACAGGUUGAGAUACCGUCCCCUCACCAGGCACUCCUGGAGCACGGUUGAAAUCUUCAGCAGUGAACAAUACCACCUGCACGGGCUGGAGCCUGACACAGCCUAUGAGUUCCAGGUCAGCUGUAAAAUUCACCCUGAGCGAGGGUUGUGGAGCGACUGGAGCACGAAACAAACCCGGACUCCAGAAGCAGAGCCGACCGGGAUCCCGGAUGUCUGGUACCGGCUCUCAGCGGCACAACUGGGCUCUCAGCAGCAGAACAUCUCACUGUUUUGGAAGGCUCUGAGCAAGUCAGAGGCAGGAGGAAGAAUCCUGGGGUACAAAGUGACCUUUGAAGCCCUGGAUGAUUUGAACUCCCCCACAGAAUCCCACCAAACCACCCACACCAGCUACUCCAGAGUCACACCAAGGGUGGGCUACAAGAUCACAGUCACUGCUCAGAACUCUCGGGGCAGUUCCCCCCCUGCAUCCAUCCUGACCAACCUGGGCAUCCAGGAUCUACCACCUCCUCAGCAAGUCUCUGCCAUGGCCAUGGGGAACAGCAGCAUCCUGGUGAGCUGGAAACCACCCCGCAGGUCUGCUGUGCCCAUCAGUGGGUACGUGGUGGAGUGGGCAGAGACAGGGAUGAACCCACACCUGGAGCCCCAUCACACCUGGGCAAAGCUCCCAGCAUCCAACCUGUCCACAGUGAUAGCAGAGCACAUCAAAGAUAACAUGUGCUACCAGAUCCAUGUGUUUGCUCUCUACCAGGACAGAGCUGGACAGGCAGCAUCAGUCAGGGGAUAUUCCACAGCACAAGCCCCAUCAGCUGGGCCCCAGAUGCUCUCAACCCCCUGGGCCACCGGAGUCCUGGUGUCAUGGGAGGAAAUCCCUGUUCCCCAGCAGAGGGGCUGCAUCACAGGGUACCACGUGUACCUGCAGAGCAAGGACAGCCGGGGAGACCCCCAGGUCUAUGCCAUUCCCGAAGGGACGGCCCCGAGGUCCCUGUACAUCCCUGACCUGCAGCCAGGGGGGCUCUACGACCUGUGGGUGACGGGGUCCACGGCGGCCGGGGAGGGGCCGCGGGGCAACAGAAGGUUGCUCUGUAUUUCAGGUGCCAGAGUCUGGGUGACUGUGGUGCUCACCUGCAGCUUCUUCAUCUUCUCAGCCUCUGUUUGUUUUGUGCCUCCAGCAAGAAAAGCGUUCCACUCGCUCCUCUCCGUGCUCCUUCCACAGUGCAAGAACGAAGCCAUUCCCGACCCCGCUAACGCCACGUGGGCCAAGAGCUUCAUGGCUACCAAGGCACAGCUGAGCUCACUCUCCAUCCUAUUCCUGCCCAGCACUAUCAGCUUUGAAGAGCCUGAACCAACCCUGGUGGAGGAAGCUUUUGAGCAGCCUGAUCCCCUGGCCCCUGGGGAAAAGCUCCUGCUGGGCAGCGCUGGCAGCAGGGGGCACAGGGACUGGACACGGCAGAGCUCAAGUCCGGAGCCAGGGGAGGAGCAGCAGCUCCCUGAGAUGUACCAGAGGCUGGUGGUGGAAGCAACAGAGCACCUGCAGCCUGUGCCCGAGUAUAUCACCAACCCCAGCACCACCGACCUGACCCCGCCCUCAGACACCACCAGGGACCACCCCACAGACCUGCCCGAGUACAUCACCAGCCCCGGCCCCACAGACCUGGCCCUGCCCACAGACACUCCCAUGGACCACCCAGAGCUUGAGUGCCACCCGCUGUCCAUCUUCCCAACCACCUUUUUGGCACCCACCCUCUGCAGUGAAGGGAAUCUCACUUUGGACAGAGUGAAACUCAACUGCAGCUCCUUCCCAAGGUGACACGAACCUCGACUCACAAACCUUGCCAAGUCACACCUCCCUGUUCAACGUGGCAUCUGCUCACCCACAGCACUCAGGCGGAACCAAAGGCACAGCUGGGAACGGCAGAGCUGGCUUUGGGAGAGGUUCAUUAAUUAUUC